GGCAAAAUCUUAAGCUGCCCCUCUCUCACUCUCUCUAGGUGCCUUGCUCCUCGGUUGGAUCAUGCUUUCUCUACUACCAUGGAAAACCAUAAUAAUGGCUGUAGCUUUGCUUCAGCUAUAUUUUUUCAUAGAAACGGAAUCUUUUCCUUCCCUGUUUGAUAGAAUUGACCGGUUACCUGGUCAACCCCAAGUCGGGUUCCAGCAGUAUUCGGGUUAUGUGACCGUUGACGAUAAAAAACAGAGAGCUCUGUUUUACUACUUUGCUGAAGCAGAGGUAGAUCCAGCUUCCAAGCCUCUUGUUCUCUGGCUUAAUGGAGGACCUGGUUGUUCUUCUUUAGGAGUCGGGGCAUUUUCUGAAAAUGGACCUUUUAGGCCUCGUGGGGACGUCCUUGUCAGGAACCAAUAUAGCUGGAAUAGAGAAGCAAAUAUGUUGUAUUUGGAGUCACCUAUUGGAGUUGGUUUCUCUUAUGCAACUGAUUCCUCCUCUGAUGAGACUGUAAACGACAAGAUCACAGCAAGGGACAAUCUGGUGUUCUUGAGAAAAUGGUUGGAUAGAUUCCCACUAUACAGGAACAGAAAUUUGUUCAUUACGGGAGAGAGCUAUGCUGGUCAUUAUGUUCCCCAACUAGCAGAACUCAUGCUUCAAUACAACAACAAGGAGAAGUUGUUCAAUUUGAAAGGCAUUGCUUUGGGUAAUCCGGUUCUAGAAUUCGCCACAGACUUCAAUUCAAGGGCCGAGUACUUCUGGUCUCAUGGAUUGAUAUCAGACUCGACAUACAAAUUAUUCACUUCUGUUUGUAACUAUUCUCGGUAUGUGAGUGAAUAUUACAGAGGCAAUGUUUCUUCUAUUUGUUCAAGGGUGAUGAGACAAGUUAGUGGAGAAACCAGUAGAUUUGUGGACAAGUAUGACGUUACCCUUGAUGUCUGUAUAUCAUCUGUGUUCUCACAAUCCAAAAUCCUCAGUCCUCAGCAAGUUGGUGAGACAAUAGAUGUCUGCGUGGAAGAUGAAAUAGUGAAUUAUCUAAACAGGAGAGACGUGCAGAUGGCUCUUCAUGCACGUCUUGUAGGAGUACGUCAAUGGGCAGUUUGCAGCAAUAUCCUCGAUUAUGAGCUGCUUGACUUGGAAAUUCCAACGAUCUCAAUCGUCGGAAAAUUCAUUAAGGCAGGAAUCCCGGUCUUGGUUUACAGUGGAGACCAAGAUUCUGUCAUCCCUUUGACUGGAAGUCGAACUUUAGUUCAUAGACUGGCAAAGGAAUUAGGACUGAAGACUACUGUGCCGUACAGAGUUUGGUUUGAAGGGCAGCAGGUUGGUGGGUGGACUCAAGUUUAUGGUAAUAUUCUUUCAUUUGCCACCAUCAGAGGGGCGUCCCACGAAGCUCCAUUCUCACAGCCUGAGCGUUCACUUGUGUUGUUCAAGUCAUUUUUAGUCGGCCAGCCUCUUCCGGCAGCAUUUUGAUCUACUGAUCAGAUCUCUUAUCGGAUAUCAAAAUUUGUAAGUAAAGUUUGAUUGCAAAAGAUUAAUCAUCUGAGAGUGGAAACUGCAGUUUUUUGUUUGUUGGGGGUCCUUGGGGUUCGUCCAUGCUGUGGAAAGUACAAGAAUUUUUGUAAAGAUCUCGAGUGAAAGGGAAAAGAUGAAGUGUUCCUUUGGUUCUUUUGUA